ACACGUCCUCCCGCGCGCCACGCCGUGAAGCUUCCAAAACGCGGGUCUCCUCCAUGACUGCUCCCAUGGACGUCCCGUAUAUAAACCACACGGACACGGCCGCCAUGUUUGCCAGACAUCCAAUCCAAGAAGAGCACAGGACUCAUCUACUCAUCUGAGAGCAGAAGCUCCUUCCGUCCUACUGCUCUCCGAUCAGACAUCCCUGCAGACCGAUCGAUCGAGGAUGGUUGUCGCGUCCAAGUCCAAGUCGUCGUCGUCCAGCGAGCUGGGGUCCCUGUUCGCGGCGUUCGACAAGGACGCCGACGGCAGGAUCUCCGCCGCCGAGCUGCGGCUCUGCAUGCGGGCGACGCUGGGGGAGGACGUGUCAGCGGAGGACGCCGAGGCGCUGGUUGCGUCGGUGGACGCGGACGGCGACGGGCUGCUGGACGGCGACGAGUUCGCGCGCCUCGUGCACGCCGAGGUGGAGGAGGAGGAGCGCCACCGGGGGCUCCGCCUGGCCUUCGGCAUGUACGAGAUGGAGGGCGAGGGGUGCAUCACCCCCACCAGCCUCAAGCGCAUGCUCAGCAGGCUCGGCGCCCACCAGGAGAUCGACGACUGCCGCGCCAUGAUCUGCAGGUUCGACCUCGACGGCGACGGCGUGCUCAGCUUCGACGAGUUCAAGAUCAUGAUGAGCGCCUGAAGGAACAUGCAUGCCUGAUAGUUGAUCGGUGUAGGUUGUUCAUAUACAUAGUCCAUUCAUUCGUUCGUUCGUUUGUUGUGAUUAUUAAGUUGGCAGCUAUGUGCAUAUUCGAUUAUGGCUUCGAUUAUUCAGCAGUAUCAGCUCCCUUGUGAACUUGAUUUGUCCAUUAUUUCAUUCGCAAAAGGAAACAUGCCCAUUAUUUGCCCCCUUCAAA